UUUUCCUCUACUUGUGGUUGCUAGGAUGCAAGGAAACUGUCAACAGAAACGAGUCAGAACGAGUGCGGGACGUGAAAGGGACUUUUGAAUCUGUGAUCCACAGAUAUUCAGCAAACAUGCCUAAAAAAGCAGGGAAGAAAGGAGGUGGAAGAAUUGCUGGAAUGACAGAAGAGGAGAGACUCCUGUACAUGCAGCAAAAGGCGCAAGCUGAGGAGGAGAUAGCCAAAAGAAAAGAGGACAUGCUCACACACUUCCUCAAGGAUAAACUGCAGAAGGAGGAGAGAAACACCAUACUGAAUCUCCAUAAGCUGCGGCAGCAAUGGCGCGCUGUUUUAACGCAGACCAAGACAGCAGAGCUACGCAAUGACAUGGCAGUGCUCAGCCAAAACUUUGAGAGAGUCCUGGACUACAAAGACAACAUCAUUAAGAGUUUGGUGGCUGAUCUGUCUGAGCGGGAGCAGCAGUCGGAGCUGGCACGCAGUUCUCAUUUGCAGAAUGUGGACUAUCUGUUAGAGCUUCAUAGGAGUCGGCUGGCAGAGCUAGAGUUGAACUUCAACACCAGGCUAGAUGAACUUGGUUCAGAAUAUAAUACUGAGAGAGAGCAAAUUCUUUCACAUCACCAGCAGGAGAGUAUGUAUUUGGAGAAGGUGAUGUUUUCCAUGGAAAAGCAUUAUGCUGAUCUUGACAAUGAGGCUAGACGUGACUAUCAGAGCACUCGCAAUCAAAUAAAAAAACAGAACAAAGAGGAUAAGCAAACAGUGAAGGAUCAAAUGGAAGGGGUUGUGGAAAAACUGUGGCAGGAACUGCAGCAGGUUUUACACCACUACAACGAGUCCACCAAAGACAGAUUCAUCGCAACUGAGUCUCUGCAAAUCAAGGACGAACAAAGUGCAAAAGAGAUUGACACACAUAAAAAGCACAUUCAGAAGUUGCAGGAGUCCAUCUCUGCUCUACGCUUUCAGCUGAGCUCUGCUCAAACCGGAGAAGAAGCUCAGCAGCUUAAUUUCAAACGUGAUGAGCUCGCCCAGAAAGUUCAACAUUUCAGAGUCCAGCUCACUGAGGCUCAAGCGAUUCGGAGAAAGCAGCUCACUAAACUUACUGUUCAAAGCAGCGAUGCUACUAAAAAACUGCAGGAGAUUGUAGCCAUGGGGGAAAGGUUGAUUCGUCUCUCUGAGAUGUGUUCUAAGCUGGAGACAGAGUACGAGAAGGUUCUGCCCUUCUAUACAUCAUCACUGAGUGAAGAAGAGCUGAAUCAGGAGAGAGUCAAUGCCAUGGAGCCGCCGACUGAGAAACUCACUCAGCUAAUGCAUGACUAUUCUCCUCUUGGGAAGUUCUGGCAACGAUACAACAAGGUUCAACUUGACCAUUUGUGUCUGAAGCGAGAGAAAACGCUUCUGUUACAGGAGAACGAACGACUGAGGCUCUAUCUGAAGCAGUACCUGGAUGAAGUUUCGGUUUCUGAUGAGAGUUUUCGGCAUCAGAAGCUUCUGGUGGUGUUGUCUCCCACUCUACAGGAUGCCGCUGCCACAGAGAGACGUGAUCAGAAGCGCUACGUGGUCCAAGAAGCAGCAAAUGUUGUGCAGAAACAGUUUUAGGGAAUAAAACCAAAAAGUGUAAUGCAAAAGUGUUUCAGGCAACAAUUAAAAAGUUUUUGUUGUUGUUGUUGUUGUUGUGCCUGGCAUUCAAAAGCUUUAUUAAAGCUUUAUGUAUGUAACAUUAUACACUAUGCCAUUUAAAAACUUGGAAAAAGUAUACUUU